GGAGCAGCCAGGGAGUCAGUGACACUUCAGAGGUCACCACAGCUGCAACGGAGCGGGAAGGGCAUGCUCUGCCCAAAGCCUUCAGAACCCCCAGGACACAUCCCAGGGUGUCUGUCAGGAGGCCGCCUCCCCAUCACUCUGGGAGGCUGCCCCGAGGAUGCGGCUCUUCCCACAGCUCCUUCACGCACCAGGGGCCUGAGCCUUGAGGGCCGCCCCACGCCACACACGGAGGCAGCAGCCGGUGCCACGUACACAGAACACACAGCACCAGCCAUGAGCCCAGGUCCUGACUCGGAGCCAUAGGCCGUCUUGGUGCACACGCCUCCCCCCACAGCAGCAUCCUCCGGCCGGCCAAUAGCUCCCACACUGCUCAGAGCUAGGCUGGGGGACUCCAUCUCGUGACGGCCACCAAGGCCUCCAGGUGAACUGCGACGCCACCAACUUAGCAGCGUGCAUGGGAACGAUCUGGCAGGCCCUCCACGACACUCCUGUAACUCGGCAGGGGUCCCGGCCCAACCCCAUCCCCAGCACUGAGCCCGCCACGCUCCAUGUUGAGAACCUCCCUGCUGAGAACCUCCCUGCGUACUGACUCUGCUUUCUGUGCCUAUGUGGCUUGGAAGUUUCUGAAAUCUCCAUCGGGGCACGUGCCUGCGCCUGACUUGCACCAGAAAGCGGUGCUGGGUGAGGGGAGGGGGCCGUGAGGGUGCAUCACACCCCACGGACGGCGGCAGGAGCCCCCGAGAGUGCCAGGAAGGCCAAGGGCAUAGGGCAGCUGCAGGGAAAGUGUGGUGGCGCCAGGCCCAGGACACAUAGAGGCUAUGUAAGAUGUGGGAACACACUUAUUCUACAGCUAAUUAUAACGGCUGGCUCCACAGUGGGGUCAAGAAAGAGACCCCAGUGGACACCCACCGGAGCCCCUGGAGUGUCCCUCCUUUGACGUGGCCCCGGAGAAAACCCAAAUGGCUGCUGAACAUGGGAAAAGAUGUUUGCUUAUUGCAAUCAGGGAGAUGCAAAAUACACCCCCCACGAAUGCCUUCCCAAGACUGCCAGGCUGGCAAGAACUGAAGAGCGGACAGCGGCGUGUGCUGGCAAGGACAUCGCAGCAGCUCUCCCUCGAGCUGGUGGGAGGACAAAUGGAGCGGCAUCUUUGGAAAACAGCCCGGCACUCACUGGUGAAAUAGAAGGCACCAGUGCCCUGUGUCCCAGCAACUUCACUGUGGUGUGGGCCCGAGACACGUGGCCGUGCAUGUGUGAGAGCUGUCUCAGCUGGAACCCGCCAGAGCAUCAGCAAGUGGGCCAGCAGGUCCUGGAGGCUGUGGCCAGAUUGGACCCCUGGCCACCUGCGGGCAGCACCAUUGGGAGAACGUGUCUCUGGCGGACAUCCUCUCCCUGCGGGACCGCGGCCUCAGCGAGCAGGAGGCCUGGGCUGUGUGCCGGGAGUGCGGCCUGGCCAUGCAGAGCGUGGCACAUGCUGCCAUCUUCCAGAGCCUGUGCAUCACACCGGACACCCUGGCCUUCAACACCAGCGGGAACGUGUGCUUCAUGGAGCAGCUCAGCGACGACCCUGAGGGUGCAUUUGUUCCCCCGGAGUUUGACGUCACUGGAAACACCUUUGAGGCUCAUAUCUACUCCCUGGGGGCCACGCUGAAGGCCGCCCUCGAGUAUGUGGCAGAGCCCACACUGGAGCCCAGGCUGAGCCAGGACCUGGAGGCGCUGCUGAGCCGGAUGCAGGCGGAGGACCCUGAAGACCGGCCAGACCUCCAGAGCAUUGUUGCGCUGUGUGAAGAGAAGCUGCAGCCCAUGUCCUCCUGCCGUGUGUGCCGGAGCCUCUCCGCCGUGGGGAGGAGGGUUCUCUCCAUCGAGUCCUUUGGAGCGCUGCAGGAUGUCAGUGAGAGCAGCUGGCGGGAGAGACAUGCCCCAGGAAAUGCUGGGCCCAGGAGGCUGCCUGGGGACCCCGGCACUGACGCUGUGGUUCUGCCUGCCCCUGGGGGCCGGUGCCCGCCCCCCACCCCUGAAGGACCAGAGUCCAAGGCUAGUCAGGGCCCCAGAGUUUCCCCAACCAAGGCUCUGCUGUCCUCCCCCAUGAGGAAUGGCGAGAGCCAUGGCCAGGAGGAGCUGGCUGGCCUCGUCCUGGAUGCUGAGUGCCCUGUCAGGGAGCUGGACAGAGAUGCCCUCAGGAGAAGCCGCCUGAGGAAGGUGCAGACAUUCCCCAGGCUGCUGCCCGACAGCCCCGAGACCGCCCUCUGCCUGCCACUGACCCGCGGGAAAAGCCAGCUGCCCCUAUCCGAAUUCUUCCCUCCGGACCCCAGGAAGGCCUUUCUCGACAGGAAAAAUGGUCUGACUGGCUUCCAGGCUCAGCCCACACACAGGCUGUGGCCAGAGCAGGAGCCGGAACUCCAGCUGGGCAGGGUGCCCUGUGCAGGCCGCAGAGGGGACAGGGUCCCCGGGGUGCCCGGCAGCCCAGGCCAGCCUGAGACUUCACACCCCAGCCUGGGGCCGGCGGAGGCCAGAGCUCCGCCCUGCCCUGCAGACCCUCGAGAUGCGAGCAGUGAAGCCCAGACUCCCGGGGAUGACGAGAGAAUUCCAGAAGGGGCCAGGCAGCCGGGAAGUGCAGCCUUGGAGCAGUGCGUGUCCCUGCAGGACCUCCUGUCGCAGCUGGGCCGGCCUCUCCGGGAGUACGAGCUGUGGGCCCUCUGCCUGGCCUGCCUCCGCGCCCUGCAGUCGCACCCCCAGCACCCAGCCUACCUGUGUCUGGACUCCGUGCUGGUCGCUGAGGACGGGGCUGUGAUGUUCCAGCCGCCCCCUGCCAACGGCACCUAUGACUCGUUCUUCCUGGCUCCUGAGCUGGCAGAGGAGAGGCUGGUCACGGAAAAGGCCUCUGUGUACUGCGUGGCCGCCGUCCUGUGGACCGCAGCCAAGUUCAGCGUCCCCCAAAACCAGAAGCUAGCCCUGCCACGCAGGCUCAAGGCCCUCCUCCUGGACAUGGCCAAGCGCAGUGCCCCAGAGCGGCCGUCUACAGCCGAGGCCAUCAAGGUGUGCGGCAGCUACCUCCUGCAGCGAGGCAUGGACAGCCGGAGCAUCCUCGCCCACCUCAGAGCUUCCACCUGCCAGGUGUACCAGGAGGAAGAGACCAUCAGCCUCCAGAAUGCCUUCUCGGUGGUUGAACUGAAGCCCAGCGCAGCACCAGCCUCAGAGCCCAGCCCAGGCUUCCUGCCGGUGAACAGCGACACUGGGCUUGUGGCUGUGCCAGGGCCGGUGCCUGGCCAACAUCCCUGCUGUGAAGAAGCCGCCCAGCUGCCCGAGGCAUUCACCUCCGAGGCCACGCACUUCAAGCCCAUCAUCCUCACACAGGACUCCAGUGUGGCCAGGGACCAGCCUGCCCUGGCCCAGGAGAAGUCCCAGGAGAGGAACAGCCAGAGGGAGAGGGAAGGUGAAGGGACGCUCUGCCCGGAGGCCCACGCUGGGUCACCCAGUCUGAAGGCACCUGAUGGGCCAGUGCCUGGUCCAGGGCCACAGGGAGCAGCCCCAGAGCCUCUUGGGGAGUCAGUGCAGCGUGGCUCAGCCCAGGGCUGCCCCUGCCCUCCACCCCAGCCCCCAGCAAACCAGCCAGACCGGGCCUCGGCAGAGGUCCCCAGCCCUCCAGUCCCUGCCCCGCCCACAAAGGCAUCUGCGCUGCCUGAAGAUCGAGGGCCGGCUGGGCAGGUCCUUCCUGGAGUCACUCCCGGGGGCCUCAGGCCCGGCGCCCUGGGGCCCACCAUGGCCCACCAUGGCCCUCGACACCCGCCCAAGCCUCCCAGAAGCAAGGCCACCGAGCGCCCGGGCCAGGAGCCAGAGGGCCUCAGGGCCACCCCUGCCGGGGAGCAUGACAAGCAGAGCCCGGACAGUGUCCCAGAGAGGCCACGGCCCGCAGACCAGAGGCCCUGUCUGCCCUGUGUGGACGCCUCCCCACUGCCAGGGAGGACGGCCUGCCCAUCGCUGCAGGAGGCCACACGCCUCAUCCAGGAGGAGUUUGCCUUCGAUGGCUACCUGGACAACGGGCUGGAGGCUCUGAUCAUGGGGGAGUACAUCUUCGCCUUGAAAGACCUCACCUUUGCCACUUUCUGUGGCGCCAUUUCCGAGAAGUUCUGUGACCUGUACUGGGAUGAGAAGCUGCUGCAGAGCCUCUUCAGGGUGGUGAACGGGCCGGCGUCACCCUCCACAAGUGCGGCCAAGGAGGCUGGGUCACAGCCAGAGGGCAGCCCCAGGCCCUGCUCCCUAUCCUGCAAGAGGCCCUCGCUGCACCGCCUGGGAAAAGAGAAGCCGACCGUGGCCAGGGCCAGCUGGGACCCCUGCUCGCCCACCUCGGUGUCCGGUGUGGACUCAGACGAGCUCUCACAGGGAAACUUCGAAGUGGGAUUUCGGCCUCAGAGGUCCAUAAAAGCCGAGAGAGCGCAGCAGCCUGAGGCCGACGAGGACAGGCGGUCGGCAGGCGGAGCCCUGGAUGUGGAGGCGGUGGUUAGACAGGCCAGGUCCAAGGGGGGCAGCCCAGCCAUGUCCCCCAGCCCUGCUGGACUCCAGAGCUGCAGCCCGGGCUGGUGCAGUGCCUUCUAUGAGGCCGACUGCUUCGGGGCCGAUGUCCACAGCUACGUGAAGGACAUGGGACGGCAGCAAGCAGACGGGGCCCUGCCCGACGCCCACAGCCCGGAGCUGGAGCAGCAGCUCAUGAUCGAGAAAAGAAACUAUCGCAAGACCCUCAAGUUCUACCAGAAGCUCUUGCAGAAGGAAAAGAGGAACAAAGGCUCCGACGUCAAGACCAUGCUGUCCAAACUGAAAGGGCAGCUGGAAGAAAUGAAAUCCAGGGUGCAGUUCCUCAGCCUGGUCAAGAAGUACCUGCAGGUCAUGUACGCGGAGCGCUGGGGCCUGGAGCCCUGUGCCCUGCCAGUCAUCGUGAACAUCGCAGCCGCACCCUGCGACACGCUGGAUUUCAGCCCCCUGGACGAGUCCUCCUCACUCAUCUUCUACAAUGUCAACAAGCACCCGGGCAGCCGGCAGAAAGCCCGCAUCCUGCAGGCCGGCACACCGCUGGGGCUCAUGGCCUACCUCUACUCCAGCGACGCCUUCCUGGAGGGCUACGUGCAGCAGUUCCUCUACACCUUCCGCUACUUCUGCACGCCCCACGACUUCCUGCACUUCCUCCUGGACCGCAUCAACAGCACGCUGUCCAGGGCCCACCAGGACCCCACCUCGACCUUCGCCAAGAUCUACAGGCGGAGCCUGUGCGUGCUGCAGGCCUGGGUGGAGGACUGCUACACCGUGGACUUCACCCGGAGCAGCGGGCUGCUGGGACAGCUGGAGGACUUCAUCUCCUCCAAGAUCCUGCCCCUAGACGGCUCCGCAGAGCACCUGCUGGGCCUCCUGGAGGUGGGCACAGACCGGCGGGCAGAGGGCAGCCCUCGAGGCACAGACAUGGAGAACCCCAAGGAGGCGGACGAGGACACCAGACCCUUCAACGCCCUCUGUAAGAGGCUCUCGGAGGACGGCCUCUCCCGGAAGAGCUUCCCCUGGAGGCUGCCACGGGGCAAUGGGCUGGUACUGCCACCGCACAAGGAGCGCCCCUACACCAUCGCUGCGGCGCUGCCCAAGCCCUGCUUCCUUGAGGACUUCUACGGCCCCUGCGCCAAGACCAGUGAGAAGGGGCCCUACUUCCUGACCGAGUACAGCACCCACCAGCUCUUCAGCCAGCUCACACUGCUGCAGCAGGAGUUGUUCCAAAAGUGCCACCCAGUCCACUUCCUGAACUCACGGGCUCUAGGCGUCGUGGACAAGAGCACCGCCAUCCCCAAAGCCAGCUCUUCUGAGUCUCUUUCGGCCAAAACCUGCAGCUUAUUUCUGCCCAAUUACGUUCAAGACAAGUAUCUGUUACAGCUUUUAAGAAACGCAGAUGACGUCAGCACCUGGGUAGCCGCUGAGAUUGUGACCAGCCACACCUCCAAGCUGCAGGUGAACUUGCUGUCCAAGUUUUUGCUGAUUGCCAAAUCUUGCUACGAGCAGAGAAACUUCUCAACAGCCAUGCAGAUCCUGGGCGGGCUGGAGCACCCGGCCGUCAGGCAGUCCCCUGCCUGGAGAAUUCUGCCUGCAAAGAUUGCAGCGGUCAUGGAGGAGCUGAAAGCUGUGGAGGUCUUCCUGAAGAGCGACAGCCUGUGUCUGAUGGAAGGACGGCGCUUCCGGGCACAGCCCACCCUGCCCUCGGCCCACCUCCUGGCCAUGCACAUCCAGCAGCUGGAGACCGGUGGCUUCACCAUGACCAACGGGGCCCACAGGUGGAGCAAGCUCAGAAACAUCGCCAAGGUGGUGAGCCAGGUGCACGCGUUCCAGGAGAACCCCUAUACGUUCAGCCCUGACCCCAAGCUCCAGUCAUACCUCCGGCAGAGGAUCACCCGCUUCAGCGGCGCCAACAUUUCCACGCUGGCCGCAGACAGCAGGGCCAACUUCCACCAUGUCCCCAGCGAGAAGCACUCACGGAAGAUUCAGGACAAGCUACGGAGGAUGAAGGCCACGUUCCAGUAGCCAAGCUCAGGCGUGGGCCUGGUGUGCAAUUCCAGACCUGAACCCGACUCCGAGGGGGGCAGGGGCCCGGAGGCAGGAGCCGAGUCUCAGUUAGUGAGGCCCCUCUGCCCCGGGGCCCUGGGGAGCUGGACCGGGAGAUGGAGGCUCAGGGGACCCCAUGGGAACAGGCACAGCUUGUCUCCUCCCAGCAGACAGAGCCGGGACGGCACAAGAGUCUUGGAGGUUUGCGUGUUUCUGCUAGAAUUAAAAAGCUAAAUUUAAAAAUGAA